AUGUUACUGAUGCUAUUUACGUUCAUCGCGUUCUUUGCUGCUGCGUCACCACGACUCUCAGAUGACGUACAUUGUGAUCUGGAGUACACUGCGCUCAAGAAAAACAUUCGCGAACUUGAAAACAAGCUCUUGAUCGGUGCGUGGAGACUGACGCAUCUGCGCGCACAUAGACACUUCAAGACACCUUCUGGAACACAGCCGAUCACGAAACCAAACGUGACGGACAAUGAACACGAGACUGAAAACUUACCGAAGUUACCAACCACCGCUGGGAGCAUUAUCGUCUAUGACAGAGAUUGUUCACAGCUGUUCGACAGACUAAGGCCUGUGAGUGGAUUUUACCGAAUUAAACCGAAACCAUCGGUCGAACCGUUUCUUGUGUACUGCGACAUGGAGGACGGAGGUGGCUGGACAGUCAUCCAGAAGAGGCGCAAUGGGAGAGUAGAUUUCAACAGAGAGUGGGCAGAUUAUAAGGAUGGAUUUGGCAAUUUCAAACUAAGAAAUGAUGAAUUCUGGCUGGGAAAUGACCACAUCCACUCGCUACUUGGAGAUGAGAACCUGAUGAAGAUCGAUCUGAUGGAUUGGAAUGGAGACAACACAUUUGCUCUGUAUGAGAAUUUUAGAAUAUCAGAUGAGAAGGAUAAAUACAGGCUGCACUUUGGCCUGUACAGUGGUAAGGCAGGAGACGCCCUUUCUGGAGGUGCUGGGAUGGUGCAGCAGUGGUCAGCUUCCCACAGCGGCAUGCAGUUCAGUACUAAAGACCAAGACAAUGACCGUUAUCUCCAGGGUAGCUGUGCUUCAGAGAACAAUGGAGGCUGGUGGUUUAACAGGUGUCAUGCUGCCAACCUGAAUGGGAAGUUUUACAGAAAAGGAGAGUACAAAGCCAAGUCUGACAACGGUGUGGUGUGGGCAACCUGGAAGGGUUUUUGGUACUCUUUGCGACACACUACCAUGAAGGUCAGACCCAGGCUCUUCUUGGACAGCCUGGGGAGCGGAGCUGGACCCGAAGAGUAG